CCAUUCAAAUACCCCCCUGUACUUCAGCUUCUCGAACACCAAAUUUCCACCCUCUCCCUUCUCUCUCUUUCUCCUUGCCUCCCUCACGCCUUCCCUCCCUCCCUCCCUCUCUCUACAUUCCUCAUCACCACCGUCAUAGCAACACAGCAUAAUAAAAUUAAAACGCCUUACAUAAACAUAGAUGGGUCCAAAUCUUUGGAAGAUGGACAAUUUGUUCAUCACUUGGGUGGCCACAACUGUGACCGUGCUAGCAACCAUCCUUUGGAAUAAGCUGAGGAAGUGGAGAAAGACAUCAGCCCAACUUCCUCGAGGGAGCUUCGGUUGGCCUCUCAUUGGCGAGACGCUCGAUUUCGUGUCCUGCUCCUACUCGUCUCGCCCCGAAAGCUUCAUGGACAAGCGCCGGCUCCUGCAUGGGAAGGUGUUCAAAUCUCACCUGUUCGGUAGCCCGACGAUAGUUUCGACCGAUGCCGAGGUUAGCCGGUUCGUUCUACAGAGUGAUGCGAAUAAGUUCGUGCCAUGGUAUCCCAAGUCCCUCACUGAAUUGAUGGGCAAGUCUUCCAUCCUCUUGAUCAAUGGUAGCCUCCAAAAGAGGAUCCAUGGGCUCAUUGGCACCUUCUUUAAAUCGCCGCACCUGAAGGCUCGAAUCACCGGGGACAUGCAGUGCUACGUGCUCGAGGCCAUGAAGCAUUGGAAGGAUGAUCAGCUCAUCUACAUCCAAGAGGAGAGCAAACGAAUUGUAUUCCAAAUACUAGUAAAAGGAUUGAUUGGCUUGGAACCAGGCGAGGAGAUGAACUUUUUAAAGCAGCAAUUCCGGGAAUUUAUUGCGGGUUUGAUGUCUUUGCCAGUGAAGUUACCAGGGAGCAGGCUUUACAAAUCACUGCAGGCAAAGAAGAGGAUGGUGAUGCUAAUAGAAAAGAUUAUCCAAGAGAAGAGGAAGAACAACAAGAACGGGUGCACCCAAAGGGACGCUGUUGAUGUUUUGAUCAAAGAUGGCAGCGAUCAAUUGACCGAUGAUCUCAUAUCAGAUAAUAUGAUCGAUUUGAUGAUACCAGCCGAAGACUCUGUGCCUAUUCUUAUGACGCUAGCAAUCAAAUACCUCAGUGAAUGCCCACUUGCUCUCCGCCGUCUGGAGCAAGAGAACAUAAAUGCAAAGAAGCGAAAAUCCCUGCUCGGAGAGGAUUUGCAAUGGACCGACUACAUGUCUUUAUCAUUCACUCAAGAUGUCAUAACAGAGACUCUUCGAAUGGGAAACAUUAUAAGCGGAAUCAUGCGCAAGGCAGUGAGAGAUGUGGAGAUAAAAGGGCAUUUCAUACCCAAGGGAUGGUGCAUCUUAACGUAUUUUAGAUCGGUCCACCUUGACGAGAGCCUUUACAAGGAGGCCUACAAGUUCAAUCCAUGGAGGUGGAAGGACAAGGACAUGGGUGCUUGCAGCUUUACUCCUUUUGGAGGUGGCCAAAGGCUGUGCCCCGGGCUUGAUCUGGCCAGGCUGGAAGCUUCCAUCUUUCUCCACCACCUGGUCACUAGCUUCACGUGGGUGGCCGAGGAGGACCACAUAAUUAACUUUCCCACCGUAAGGAUGAAGGGAGGAAUGCCUAUCCGGGUGAGAAGAAAGGCGAAGGAAUCUCCCAUCCCAGCUAUUACAAGAGGGACCAAUAACGGCUUAGCCAAGUAGCUGAUACCCUCCUCCAUGGGGUUUGGGAUCAAAUCCACUAGAACGAUUCCGGAAUUCUAAAACUAUUUGGACUUCAUUUUACAAUGGCUGAAGGAAAAUGCAGAUUGAUGUGGAUAUGGGGCCUAUUCGUAUUGUUCAUGCCUUCAUGAUGCUCAAGGAGCCUCCAAGGUGAGAAUAUAGGGAAACAUUUUCUUUUCUCUGUAAACCUUACCCCCCUCCUCAUGCCACACACAAGAAAGAAAAUUGCAUUAUUAAUCUAUUCUCAAUCCUCUUUCCAAAACAUUCCAAGGAUUGUUAUAUAAUGCAAUCCAGAAUCUAAAGAAGUAUUUUGUUAGGAAGAGUUAAAGGUCUGAAAUCAGAGUGAGAAUGAAAACGGAAUAAGAAUGGAUGAUUUCUA